AUGUGCGCAGAUGAUCGGAAAAGCACAAGUGGAGGUUGUUUCUUCCUUGGGAACAAUCUUAUUGCUUGGCUUAGCAAGAAGCAGAAUUCUGUGUCACUAUCUACUGCAGAGGCUGAGUACAUUGCAUUGGGAAGCUGCUGCACACAGCUUAUAUGGAUGAGACAGAUGUCAGCCGAUUAUGGGAUGGAGUCUGGACCCUUCUUGGUCUACUGUGACAACAAAAGCGCCAUUGACAUAUCAAAGAAUCCGGUGCAGCACUCAAGGACUAAGCACAUUGACAUAAGACACCACUUUGUUCGUGAAUUGGUGGAAGAAAAACAGGUGCCAAUGAGGAUCAGCUACUUUGUCAUGCCGUCAUGUCACCUCAACAUAAGAAAAGUGAAAAGAGAGUCAGACCGAGGCCGAGUCUUUGCUACGGCGGAAGAUGAACCGAUGGCGGAUGAAGAAGCCACGGCGGAGAAACCCGAGGAGCCGGAGAUUCCUCGAGAUGCACAAACGACGGAGCCGAUUCCAAACUCCGCCGAAACCCUAGCUCCACCGCCGAACUGA